GCUAACAUGGGCUAAGCUUACAGUUCGCUUCACCCUCAAUAAUUAUAGACAUAAUUCUUCAAGGUUCAAAAGUGGUUUGAAUUCUGCAACAGCUUCGAAAUGCUAGGUACACUGUAGGCUAGCUAAGUCAACUGAACUCAGGGCCUUGUAAAAUAAACAAUCUGAUUUCAAUACGGGCCAUUUAGUUCCAUCGGGAGUUCAUAAAGAGGAGUAUCCAACUGUAGCCUGGUGGGUACCGUAGUUUUUCAAUAUGAACUCCUUGGUUCCACGUAAAUAUUCCCCGGCCUCUAGAAUGUGCUUCCACUCUGAAAUCCCACUCUGGAAUGCCACUUACAUUCUACUAAACUUCCACUAAACUUCAAUUCUAAACUUCUAAACAUCCACUCUGAAAUUCCAUUGUGCGUAUGUGGCAUUGCACAUGGGGGGAAUGUGAAUUUGUGGAAAUUGUGAAAUGAAAUUGUGUACUGUGUUGGUUGUAGCCUCGAUCUCAGGCCGCACUUCAUCUGGCCUGUGAAGGAGGCUAGGUUGGUGGGUGACCAUGCAACAGUGUGUGUGUUUGCUGAUUAUAGUGGAUUGCAACAGUUUGUCCUUGCAAGGUCUUGAUAAACUGCCAGCUCAGCAAACGUCAUCACAAUGGAAACAGAGGGUCUGAGGGAAACAAUAGUUUCGCGGCCCAACUCCACAAUCUGAUACUACCAGAUUGUGGAGUAUGGCCCGCGAGACUAAGGAAACAAUUUAACACCUUAUUUCUCUGUAGAAUGAUUGCUAUGAAUAUUGUUACCCAUUAUUGGUGAACCCCACCCCACAUGACAUCACCCUAUUCUAUGCUUCAAGCUAAUGUCAUCAACAAAGAAUUAUAUCACCCAGUAACAAACCUUACGGCACUCGAUAAAUUCCCAAAGCCAUGGCCGAGAGAGUGACUACAAAAGAAGCUCUCAAGAAACUCGAUGCUCAACUCGAAUGCUCCCUUUGUCUCGACACUUUCAAGCAGCCGAAACUCUUGCCUUGUUUUCACGUGUUUUGCAAGUCCCCGUGUCUGGAGAAACUAAUGACCAAGGAUGGACGCUCCCUCACUUGUCCCACCUGUCGACACAUUGUGCCACUGUCAGAGAGGGGAGUGGCUGGACUGCAAUCAGACUUCCACAUUGACCACUUGUUUGAGAUACAAGAUGCUUUCAACAAGGCUGAUGACGACAAUGAUACGAACUGUGGCAACUGUGAGGAUGGCAAAGCCACUGGGUACUGUAACGACUGUGGGGACUUUUUGUGUGACAAGUGUCAAGCUGCUCAUAAGAUAGUUAAGCUGUCAAGGAAUCAUAAACUAAUUUCGCUGGAUGAACUCAAAGCUCAAGUGACUAGCCUCGUUCCUCCCAAAAAGGCCAUCCCUCAUUGCCCCAAACACUCGGAGAAUGCCCUUAAGAUAUACUGUGAUACUUGCUCCACUCUCAUUUGCAUGGACUGCACCAUUCGUCUCCACAAAGACCACAACUACGACCUGGUGGCUGAUGUGCUGACCGAGCACAAAGAAAAACUUGUCUCCAGUCUCAAACCAGUCAAAGAGAAGCUGGACAGUGUAAAACGAGCUCUGAAGGAUUUUGACACAAGAGCCAAGGCAAUCCAUGAUCAGAGGGCCAUGAUUGAAGCCAACAUCCACAAGGAGAUUGACAAACAACAUCGACUGUUGGACCAACGAAGGGCAGAGCUUGUGGGAGAGCUAGAGAUGCUGACUCAGCAAAAGCUAAAGGAUCUGACGGCACAGAGGGACCAAGUGGAGAUCACUCAGGUGAAAUUGACCAGCUGUCUGGAGUACGCUGAAGGGGGGCUCAAAACAGGCACAGACGGUGAAAUACUCAAAAUGAAAUUUUCUGUUGUUAAGAGAGUCGAACAGAUCACUACCGAAUUCAAAUCAAAAACUAUUCAGCCAGAGACAAAGGCUGACAUGGAACUGACCACAAAAGGAAAAGAACCUCUCCAACAAGCUUGUCAAAAUUUCCUAGAGGUUGAUGACAGUGGAUCAUUCAACUUAGAGAACAGCCACACGACAGGAGAAGGUCUGAAAGUUGCUACAAUUAGAGAAAUAAAAACUAUGUCCUUUCAAGUAAUGACCAAGAAAAACAAGAAAUUCAACGGCAAACUCGACCUCAAAGCUGAACUUGUGCAUAUCGUGGGCAAAGACAGAUUGAAAUGUGAAGUGAUCGAGCAACAACAUGGCCAACACAAGAUCAACUAUCGCCCUAUGAAACGAGGAAAGCAUGAACUACACAUCACUGUCAAUGGGGACGCAGUACGAGGCAGUCCAUUCCCAAUAGCUGUAGCCCCAUCACCACAGAGCUUCCUCAAGCCUUCCCAAGUUGUACGAGGUUUAAACAAGCCACGAGGCACAGUCUUCAACAGUAAGGGACAGUUGGUUGUUGUUGAAGGUGAAGGAGCUACUGUCUCUGUGUUGACACCAGAGGGUGAGAAGAUACGAACGUUUGGACAUCUAAAUGACGCGUAUGGAGUGACUGUGGACAAAGAUGACAACAUCUAUGUAGUAGAGCGUAGCAAUUAUCGUGUGAAUAAGUUCUCAUCCGACGGAGAGUUUGUGGCGGUUGUUGGUAGUCAAGGCAACGGUAACCUUCAGUUUUCUAACCCACAUGGUAUCUGUUAUAACAGAAGAGACAACAACCUGUAUGUGCCUGAUAACAUGAAUCACAGAAUACAAGUGCUCUCUACUGAACUAAAGUUCGUACGAUGUUUCGGUACACCUGGCAAUGGGAACGGACAAUUACAAAACCCAGUGUAUGCAUCAUUUGAUAAUGCCAACAACUUCUAUGUGACUGACUACUGUAACCAUCGAGUACAAGUCUUCACUGCUGAAGGUCAAUUCCUGAGAACCUUCUCACAAAAAGCCAACGGUCAGAAGUUGAGCUCACCCUAUGCCAUAGCCAUCGAAAGCAGUGACACAGUGCACGUCAGUGAGAAUGGAUCGCAUUAUGUGAGUGUGUUCACAUCUCAGGGAGCCUAUAUCACUGCGUUUGGUGGACCAGGAACGAAAGAGGGACAGUUUAAUGGCAUUUACGGACUCUCUAUUGAUCGCAAUGACUCUGUUGUUGUGUCCGAUCAAGACAACGGGCGACUGCAGAUAUUCUAACGAGAUAAAAACUUUAAGUACUGUGUACAUUUUUUGUAGUGUUAUUUUGUGUUCUAGUCUGAAAUCCAACAAGUGAACCUGGUUUGGCUUAGUGUGAAAAUUGUUGUAACGUCUUUGUACGUCUUUAAGUUUUGAUAUGUUUUGAUAUGUUUGAAAUCUGUGGUUAUUAGUCUGUUUUAGCACAUGAAGUAUGCGUGGAAAAUUCACUGUUUACUUGAUUCUAUUUAUUGCACUCACACUCUGCCAGCACAUGUCAUUAAUAUGUUACAAAUGGUUCAGUGGAUGCUGAGAGAAGCAUAAUAUUAUAUUGACAGACAUUGUCAGUCAACUAUGGUCAAAUGGACCCAGAAUUAGAUUCCUAUAGAUUGCCUGUACUGUCGGGUUACCUCAAACUAUUACUGUUGUAUUAGUGUGUAUACCCUCAAUCACAGCCUUGUCCUCGUGACUGCCUUACUGACUAUAUAAUUAUACUAAUACUAAUACCUACACAGCCUUGCAUUGUCUAACCUCAAAACUCUUCUCAUG